AUGCCGGUAACCGAGCAGGAUAUUAUAGAAAGAUUCCCGUUGCACUGGUUGGUGUGGCACAAUAACCACCAGGAAUUACAAGAACGUCUCCAGAAUAAUGAGUGGAACGUCGAGGACAUAGAAAAGCGUGAUCCCCGUGGACGGACUCCUUUACUGCUGGCUGUUACCUUAGGGCGAGUGGAGUGCACCAGAGCUCUCCUGAACGCUGGUGCCAACGUGAAUUGCGAUAAGGACAACUGGACCGCAGUCCACGAGGCGACAGCACGCGGCAACGCCACUCUACUAUCCAUGGUCCUAGCGCGAAGAGACCACGCCCGCCACGUAGCUCGCGCGCGCGGCGUCCCCGACCUCCUCCGACGUCUUAGCCUCACCCCGGACUUUUACGUCGAGCUGAAGUGGGACGUAUCCUCAUGGCUACCCCUGGUCACCCGCCAAUGUCCAUCAGACACCUACCGCGUGUACAAGCGCGGCGCGAACGUCCGUGUGGACAGCACGCUGCUCGGCUACCAGGACGACAGGUGGACGCGCGGCGACCGUACGUACAUUUUCAGCGGACACGGAGAUUCGGCUAAGCUAAUCGAGUUGAACCACGUAGCUGGGACGGUGUGGAGCGAAUGGGUGGAGGGCAGCGUCGCAGCGGACCAGUGGCCAGCGCCAUCCCGGUCCAUGAUCUCUCGUCGCCUGCGAUCACCGAUCCACCUGAGCUACCUGGACACAGACAAGAUUUGCUUCGAGCGCAACAAGAGCGGCAUCUGGGGCUGGAGACAGGAUAAGACCGAGUUGGUCAACAAAUACGAGUGUAAGGUGUUUUCUGCUAACAACGUGGAGAUAGUGCAUAAGAUGAGGAUGGAGAACGUGCCCCGGGGUAAGAGGUUCGGUUACCUGCCGCCGGCGCCGAUAUACGGUUUCCUGCCUGCGGAUUCUGACCACCCGGCUGUGCAGGUGGAACCCCCGCCCGGUGUGAACACGGGUGAUGCUGAAGUGAGUUGGGAAGAGUACUUCGACGAGAGCGUGGAAGAGCCAGAUAUCGGUCGCUAUAAAGAGGUCAUAACGAAGGAGGAUAAGUUCAAAGGUACUCUUUGGCUGUGCGAGGACUAUCCGCUUGAGUUCCAGGAACAGAUCAUGCCGAUUCUAGACCUAAUAGCGUCCAUGACUCCGUCUCACUUCUCGAAGCUGAGGGACUUCAUCCAGAUGCAGCUGCCCUCGGGCUUCCCGGUCAAGAUCCAGUUCCCCCUGUUCCACAUUGUGACCGCGCGUUUCACCUUCGUGAACCUCUUCGGCCAGGAGAAGAGUGUACCCCACGUGGAAUGUAUACAAGAAGGUUCUAGACUCACGUGUAUCAUAGACGACGCGUGCUUCUCCGCUGGUCGUGGAUACCGUGCAGCCACCCCCCACAUAGAUGAUAGACAGGCCUGGUACACGGAUGAUGAUGAGGAGUUGCUGCAUUAUGCUAUCCAGCAGAGCCUAAUGGAGGCGGGUACGCAGUGCGACCAGGUAGAUGUCUGGGAAGCCCUCCGCGGCGCGAGACCGGCGACGCCUACGCCCCCUGCACCCCCGCCGGCCCCGCCGCAGGCGCAGGACGACCUCGUAUCACAGGAACAGACUAUGCUACAAAGAGCUAUCGAAGAGUCGCUAAGGACGGCGAGCGUCUGGCCUAUCACGACACAGAACGACACAGUCGUCCAGAGAACGGAGAGCGAAGACGCCAUCGACGGCCUUGAAGACGAGUUGAAAGCGGCCCUCGCGUUAUCCGCUGCUGAGCAGCAAGCCCGCGACGCGCUGCAGCAGGACGAGCAGCGCGCGUUGGACGAAGCGCUGCGGCUGUCGCUUCUUGAUAAAUAA